GUCCAAUCACUGGUCCAGUAAAUCGAGUAAAGCAGUAACGUAUCUCUUUGCACAACUGCCGGGCGGGAUUUCCGCAAUUGCUAAUAAUAUGGCGAAGACUUACGAUUACUUGUUUAAACUACUGUUAAUCGGCGAUUCUGGCGUCGGAAAGACGUGUGUGUUGUUCAGGUUUUCAGAAGAUGCCUUCAACUCAACAUUUAUCUCCACAAUAGGUAUUGACUUUAAAAUUAGAACUGUAGAACUAGAUGGUAAGAAGAUCAAGCUACAGAUAUGGGACACAGCUGGUCAGGAGCGGUUUCGAACAAUCACAACGGCAUACUACAGAGGAGCCAUGGGCAUCAUGUUGGUCUAUGACAUCACCAAUGAGAAGUCGUUUGACAACAUCAAAAACUGGAUAAGGAAUAUAGAGGAGCAUGCCUCUGCUGACGUGGAGAAGAUGGUUCUGGGAAACAAGUGUGACGUCAAUGACAAGCGACAGGUGUCCAAAGACAGAGCGGAGCAGUUGUCGUUGGAGUACGGUAUCAAGUUUAUGGAGACCAGUGCAAAGGCCAAUAUCAACGUGGAGAAUGCAUUUAUGACCCUUGCCAGAGACAUCAAGGCGAAAAUGGACAAGAAACUGGAGGGCAACAAUCCUCAGGGCAGCAGUCAUGGUGUGAAGAUCACAGAACAGCCCAAGAAGAGCAGUUUCUUCCGCUGCACCCUCCUGUGAGGACAAUGAUCUUACCAUUGUCCACAGCUGGACAGAACUGGACUUGCUCAGAGCUUUCCUCUUUCGCCCUGUUCUCAUCCCUCCCUGAUAUCCCAGGCCUCUUUGGGCUUUGUUUUUUUUUCUGCUUCACCAUGUGCCCCCAGUUUACAAACGGUAGCUUUCAUUGGUCAGGUGUAUCAAUCAGUGUUGUUGGAUGGGCGUUAGAUUGAGAUCUCUAUACCAGGCACUCUUCUGUACCAUCAUGCUCUUAUAUCGUCUCUCGUAAUUACACUUAGGUUUCUGCUCACCCUCUCUCUCUGUUCUCUGCAACGGUUGUCACAGAUACUGUAUGUUGCUCUGUGGUCGUACUGCUGCCAAAUUUGAUCCUUUGAGGUUGUGUCUCAACAUGGAUUGACCUUAUCCUUAAAAGCAGUGGCUUAAUUCCAUGAUAAGACUAGUUAACCAUCAUACAUCUGACAUCUUCUGUGAGAUUGACUUCUGAAUCAUCUAGCUACUAUGGAGAUUUAUUCCAAAUGUGUCAUCUAUACAUCCCUGUUUUUCCUUUAUCAAAUUAGUGAUUAUCUGUAUUCUACCUUAAAUCCCCUUUUGCCAUCCAACAAAUAUACCAGAAAGCCACUUAUUUCUUUAAGAUAAUAUAAUACAGUUCUGAAGUGUUAGUCUUACAAUGUUAACAGUAAAGACAUACCAUCUUAACGACAUACCUGAACAUUUUCAUCUGUGUUCAGUAUUUACCAUUAUGCAGUUCAGAUUAUUUUUAUGCACAAGGUUUGCAAACUGUGUUAGAACAAUUUUAUGUGCCGGCAACUGCACAUUGAGUUGAACCCUGUUUUACUGUGUACUCUUGCACUUUAGUAGUGAAAUUGGCUGCACAUCUUGCAAUUUUCAAAAGUAUGUCUUAUUCCAGUCCCUUGUAUUGAAGUAUAGGAAUGUCAGUAUUCAUUAGAACUAUUACAUUCCAGAAUUGUUCCAGAGGCUCGGAAGUUAAAAUCAGUCUAGUUAGGAAAUGAAUUGCAAUCUAACAAAUGAAUGCAUACGUUUACCAUAUUUUUAGUUUUGGCAUUCAGAAUGUGUUUAAUCUUAUACCACUCCACCCCAAAAAAUUGUGAGUACCUCAUUGCCCCAAAUAUUCAUGUUAUGUAUGAUGUAGAGACCACUGAAAUAGAGAGAGUCCUUUGGGUGGUAAUUGCUUGAUGUCAUUUAACUUCUUAAGCACCCUUUUCACAUUCCAGCCUCUCAGCCUAUUCCUUUUUUUUAACUGGUUGUUUUAAUUGUGAUACUGUAAUACCAUGUAGGUUUGUGUGGCCUUUGACUUUUGUAAGCUGUUUUCACGCUUGUCAGUAUUUGUGACAGAAUUUGUGACAGAAAAUUUGUGACAAUUGCGCCGAAGUAGGCUGCUUAUAAGAACUCGAAUAAUGUCAACCUACUGUAUGGUGAAACAAAUGCCAUGAAUAUUAAUUUCCAGGUUUAUUACUAUGUUCUCCUUUUUUCUGUUGAUUUAUCAAUAUGCUGUGACAUUCCAGAACCAUUCCUGCAGCUUCUUUAGGGAAAAGGCUACACGGACAGUCCUGAUCUGCUAACUGAUAUUUAAUUUAAGAAUUGGUUAAAAUUAGGUUAGGCUUAAUCAAAUGUAUUUAUAAAUCAUUUUACCUAAGCAGAUGUCAAAGUGCUUAAAUAGAAACCCAGCCUAAAACUGCAAACAAUACAGAUGUAGAAGUGUGGUGGCUAUGAAAAACUCCCUAGAAAUAUCAGAAAACUAGAGAGGAACCAGGCUCUGUGGGAUGUCCAGUACUCUUCUGGCUGGGCGGAGAUUAUAUGAAUGCAUGGUCACAAGGUACAAAUCUGUCGUUCUGCCCCUGAACAGGCAGUUAACCCACUGUUCCUAGGCCGUCAUUGAAAAUAAGAAUUUGUUCUUAACUGACUUGCCUAGUAAAAUAAAGGUAGAAGGUAAGGGUCCGUUUCAGAUUCUGGUUAGUCAUUUUGAUGGUCAGUGUCCUUAUCGCCCCUCCCCUUCUUUAGUCAAGAGCGGUAGCUAUGCGUUUGUCCUAAUUUAACUCCAAGGCCCAAAUGUUGGUUUUUGAUGUGCCAGUAUUAAGACCACAAUCCAUUUUGGAGUGUUUUGAGUUGAAGGUAUUUGCAUUGCAUACUGUAUUCGAAGCAAGAUAUCGGCAUACCACUGUAGUGACAUGGCAAUGGACUAAAAUGUUACAAGCAAGAGAAUGUGUAGUCAGAGUGGAAAAAAACAUUGAAGUAUGAAAGUGCCCUUGUAGAAAGCCUGCUCUUGAUUAUGCACUUUUCAAUAAUUCUCCAUUGUCAUGAAAGACCAAAUUAUUUAUUUGGUCUAUCCUCAAGACUUAAUUUAAGUCGCCUUCAGUGUGACAAUGUUAAAUGGAUGGCUGGAGGAAAGUGACUUCAUAUUGGAUUUAGCAUUUUGUUCUCGUCUAUCCUUCCCUCGGAGCUUGCCCCUGUCCAUCGCAACAGAAGUGGCUUAUUUUCACCUGAUGCUUGAUAUAAUGGGCUUUGGAACUAUUCAUCAUGAGACUGUUGGACCUCGAGGCUUUUAAUAUUUGACUUGAUAAAGAGCUUCUUUUUGAGAUUAGAAAUGUGCAAAGGAUCAUUCUUGUAUAGCUUUCUGUUCUACUUAUUUUUGUCACCUUGAACUUGCUUUUCUCAACGCAAAUCUAUAGGGAAUGGAGCACAUGUUAAAUCAUGGCAAAGGAACAACAGUGACUUCCCCAUGAAUUAUCACAAAUUGUUUCUCUAGUUGUGACAAUGAAGUAAAUUGCCAUUGGAAUUAAAUUUUAAAUGUCCUCUCAAGUGUUUUACACAAGAGGACAUAAAAUAAUUAAAUUCCAAUGGGUGGGGCACAGUCAGUUUGUCGGACUGUUGUAUCUUUUUGGACCUUUACAAAGGUCUGGCAAAUGUUUCAUCAGAAUACCAGUUAUUAUGAAGGUUUCUUUUCCUUCUGGUGGAACUAUUUGUACAUAUUUCAGUUUAUAAAUUACUUUUCUUUGAACAUAUAAUUAGCAUUCCAUGUUCAAGACAAUUUGAAUUUUAUAGUUGAUUAUAGGUUAAAUGGAGGAGAAAAUCGCAUUUUGAAAACAAUUGUAAAUAAGAAAUACAUUUUACUGUUACCUACUUUCAUAAAUCUUGUUGAAUUGAUCUACAUGUUUGUAGAUGUGUCCUUUUGAUGAUUUAUUAAAAUGAGAUUAUUUUAACUUGCUGCA